CAGUAAACAAAAAUUGUCAGUAGUAAGAGCUAAGCGUAAGAAUGGGCAAGGAAUUGUUUGAAAUCGCGGCUAAGGGAGAAGUUGACAGACUUCGGGAGCUUUUUGAUGACCCGGAGAGUGUAUACGCUACAGAUCCGGCGCAGGCUUUAAAUAAAAGAGAUAAAGAUGGCAAAUCAGCAUUGGACAUUGCAGCUAUGUUAGGACGCAAAGAACUCGUUCGAGAACUUGUGGAACGCGGAGCAGAAAUCAAUAGUCAGACUAAGAAAGGUGAAGCACGAAAGCUUGUCAGAGAGUUCUUAUUCAGUUUAUUGAAAAAGUGAUGUGAGAAUUGAUGGUUAAGUUUAUCGUUUACUACACAAUAUUGAAGAACCUUUAUUUGUCCAAUGUUGGUGUUGUAACAGAAAAAUUAAUAUGCGGUCUUCGGGUUAGUCUUAAUCAUCCAAUGUAAAGUGUUGCUGAGGAAUUACAAGGAAGCACGGAUGAAAAAUGUGUCUAGACUAGUCGUGUCUGGUGAACCCGAGAUCACAAAACGAGUGUUAUUAAUGGGUUAAAACUGAACAAAACAAAGUCUAUCAGUUAGAAAAGUGUCAGGCUGCUAUUAAGUUGUCAGAACGUGACAAGAGGCUGGGGAAAGAGGAGGUCAACAUCUUUUUUAGAAUAUAUAUAUUUGUUUUGAGUGAAACUGGUAGGAUUAAACAGCACAACUUUCCAACAAAGAGAACAUUCUCUUGUACUUUCCACCAUAAGCCUAACUGUUGUUUCUCAAAGGAAACCUCUCACUAAUGAGGUUAAUGUUUUAGGUUAUACAGCCUUGCACAGAGCAGCAUCUUGGGGACACCCUGAGUGUCUGAGAGUUCUGGUUGCAAAUGGAGCUGAUCUACAGUUACGAAAUGCUCAUGGUGAAAGGGCCAGAGAAGCUGCUGCCCGCUAUCAGAAAGACUCUUGUGUAGACUAUCUAGAUAGAGCAGGUAUUGACACACAAUGAUUGUGUACCUUUCAAUUGAGUGUUGGAAGUAAAGCUGAAAUGCAUUGGUUUUGCUUAAUAUUACUCUUAGUAAUUGGUCAGGAGAACUUUCUUCACUUGGUUGCAUUCAUUUUCUUAUACCUCAGCCAAGUUUCACUUACAGUGUGAUUUACUACAAAGUUCUCAUUACCUGCCUGCCAUGUUCACCUUUUUUCUGAUUGGCUGUUGAUUGAACUUUUCUUUAGUUGUGGUUUUGUGACACUUAAUUGAAAAGGGUUCUGCUAAGUGGUUCCUAUUUUGUCAAAUAGUUGAAAAGGUCAUAACCUGACUUUUUAUCCUAACUGUUUGUAAUGAACACCACUUCUGGUUUUUUUUGGCUUAUUUUUUGUCUUAUAUCUGUUACAGAUAUUGGUAACUGAUGACACAAGUUUGAUAUUAAGUUCUUACAAGACUUCCUUCUAAAAGAAAAAAAGAUGAAGAAUUCUUUGAACAUACUACUUUUCCAACUACAUGUAGGAGAUUUCAAAAUGAAUGUGUUUUAUCUGUUUUACAGAAGCUCAAAAAGCCCUCUUAUGUGUUAUAACUGCAACCAAGGAUACAAUAUCUGAUCCAGAGAAGCACAUGGGUCGAUUCACACGUGAGGACAAGGUUUGUCUAUCAUCAGUUUUACACAUACUGUUCAACUCUAUUGAAUUAUAUUGAAGACAAAGCCAAAAGUAUAGAAACACUUUGGAGAAUACAGAGAACUCACCUAAAUGAGAUAUCAACAUAUGGAGGGUUAAAAUGGAAGGUUUACAAGACAGUAAUUAGGACUCACCAUUACAGUAAUUAUUUGAUUUAGCGCCCUCCCACCAAUAAGUGCUCCCUCUCUAAUAAGUGCCCCCCUUGAAUUUGUCUUUUGUUUUAAUCAGCGCCCUAUUCUAGUAAGCACUGCAGCCUAUUGCAUAAGCACCUUGACAUUCCAAUAAGCACUACCAUACCAAUAAGUGCCCCUAUUCUGUUUCAGUAAUAGCACUGUUAGUCAGUAUGAUGUACAUGGAAAUCAACUGUGGUCCAUCUUCCUUUAAUUACUCAAUCUCUCAACUAUUAUGUUGUGAUGAUGGCUUGGCUGGUCAUUCUAGCAAGGAAGGAUCCAGGGACAUCAAGUCCGUUUUCUUCUGUUUUUGAUCCUCAGUUAAAUGAACAUCAAAGCUUUGUUUCACAUUCUGCUGUUUCUCAAAAAAGAACUAAGCACCCUGUUUCGAAUAAGUGCCCUCCAUUGAGGUAACAGAAGUAAAUAAGCAUUCGUGGUAGUGAAUCAAAUCAUUAUGAUGGUAGUCACAGCUGGGCAGCUAGUCAGGAUUGAUUUGAUUAUUAGGGGUUUAUCACCACUCAUAUGAUCUAACAAGGCUUUUUACUUCCAUUUGAAAAAGAUUUUAUUUUUUACAUUUCAAAUUAUGGCCAAUUUCCUAGCCAUAGCACUCUCUUCUACCCUCACUGACAGACCCCUUAUGAAAAAAGUUACAGAAGCCACCGGUGACCAAGCUCUUAUUUCUCAACUUGUGCUUGAACACAUGUAGCUGAGUGGUAACCGUUUCUGUGAUGAGAAGAAUGACUGGUUAGAAUCCCACAAAGAACAGGCAACAGUUGAAGAGAUCUACAAACAGAAACAAGAAUUAGAGGAGCUUUUAAAACCCAUGUUAAGCAAACUGGAAGAAACAGGUAAAUGACUACCUACUUGGUAUUAAAAUUCAUCAUUCAUACUUUCAUCUUGAUUUGACAUGAAAGGUUUUGGUGUCUGCAAAGGAGAGAAAAAUAAACCAAAGAGUAAUUAUAAUGGAAAUACUGAAGAAAGGGAGGGCUUAAAUUAAUGCAGCCAUAUGACUGGUGUAUGUGCAUGGUUAUGAAUAGAAAUAACUGUGAAUUUUACCACAAAAAAUGUUGAAGAAAUAACCUGGACUAUUGAAAUAUUCCUUUGAUCAAAAUGCUUGUCCACCACCAGCCAUCCUUUUGUACAGGAUGCCACCAUAUGGUUACCAGUAUACAUCUUUAGGGAAGAGACUGAAAGAAUUACAAUGUAUAUGCCUUAUCUCAGAGAACUAAGAACUGAACCAUUGAGUGAGUGGUCCUCAGCUGCUCCAUUUUUCAACUGAUUUCCCAAAGUUUGCAUGACUUAUUGGAGAGUAAAAUUCAAAAUUGUUGCUCACAAGUAAUAUAAAUUACCUCAGGUUUGAAUGUGGUCAAGCCAACUCAGUCACGACGUGCUUAGCUUUUGCCCAGUUCCUCUACCUAGCUGGGUUUCUGGCCAGUGAGGUUUGUAGGACAAAAUUCCAAAUCAUUUUCACCUGGGCACUGGUAAAACUGCACUUUAUGUUUAAUUUAAUCAUUUUUCAUUAGAUGGAAAAGUAAAAUCUCAUAUAAACUGAUAACUACUUGUCCCACUAAGCACAUACUAAACCACUGUGUGAAAAAUCAAAUUUUUGUGAGUCUAAAUUUUUUUUUUCCUUCUCUCUCUCCCUCUAAAACUUCCUAAAGGAAUUAUGUCACCAUCAUUCUUUCCACUUCUUUCAGUGUGAUUCUGAUUUUUUAGAAUGCUUGUAACACCACAUUAUGCACUGGAACUGAUCUUCUUGAUUUUAUUUUCUUCUAAAGAAUUAACUAGUUUUGCUGUUUCUUACUGCUCCUCCAUGUUCUAAGACUGUUUCUUUCAACAUUCAAGUAUGAUAUAAAGUUUUCCUUUUUUCAGGUGUCUCUCUUACUUAAUUAAUCAGCCCACUUACCAGGGACCCCUGAAAAAUAAUUGAUGUGAAUUUCUUCUACUCAACAGAUGAAGAUUUUUUUGCCAAAGAUGUCAAGAAUUUAAAAAAAUGAGGCCACAAUUUCAGCCAAGUAUACCUUAUACUAAUGGCUUGAGUGCUCACAAGUCCCCUCGGUUUUUAAAAUCAGGCACUACUAUUUGCUCUCUAAGUAAGAGAGUUGUAUUUUUUAAUCAGCUAAGUCUUAGUGCAUAUCAUAGACAUCAGCCACGUUAUCACGGUAUUAGUCAAGUUUUUUGUCUUACAAAAGACAUGACAUUUUUAUGCGUUGUGAAUGAGUUGCCAGUAAUGAGUGAAGGCGAGAACGAGGUGUGUGCGAGGUGGGCGUGAGGGGCCUCACGCGUGAGGGCCUUACGCGCAAGAGGAAUAGUUCUUUCCCUCGCGCAUGCUUCUUUCCUCGCACUCUCCUCGAUUUUGCCUUUAAUUUCCGGAAAAAGGCAAAACAAACCUUGUGCUAGUUCUACUACCAAAAAAGUUGGUCACAUAACGCGCUUUUAAAUUUCCUGGCAAUUAUUGCGUGAUAUUCUUAAAUAAGAUUGGAAACAAUAAUACAACCACACCAUCGGCCUUUUCUUCAGAGUAAGGGAUUAUAACUUGAUCACCAAAUAAAUUUGAGAAAUUCACAGCUAAGGCAAGGUUGUGUUACCCUUGCUUAUGUGGUUGUACAAGAUCAAGCUGUAACGGAGGUUUGGAUAUCUGUGUUAUUUAACAAAUAAGACAACAAGCUGUCCUGUAACUCCAAACUUAGAAGGGCCUUUUAAUGUCUUACAGAAGGAAAGUGUCAUAUAAUACAGGAAAGUGCAAUUUUUGUAAAAAAUAUAUAUAUCUAUGUAAGAUAAAUAUGUUCUGUCUGAUGCAUAACAAUGAUGCAAUAAAUG